GAUUGGUUGGAUAUUUUUCUUGGAUUAAAAUAGUGGAAAUAGUUUAAAUGUUCCUAAUAGGAUUAAAGUUAUCAGUAAUCGAGAAUCACCAGAGUUCCUGUUUGAAUAAAAACUCUUGAUGAGAUUAUAGUGUAAAGUGUAUAUUUCUGGUCCCUUGAUAAUAAUCUUUAGAUUAAGCUGCGAAGUCUUUUGUUCCUGUUAGGAUUAAUUCCACUGAUAAGAAUUACGACACCACUUCCAACAUAUAUCUGUACCAGUUACAGAUAAUAGUGCUCCCUUUGAUUCCUUUAAGUGAUAGGAGAGAAGUCUAUGUUCAUAUUCUAUACUGGCAUCUAGUAGACCUCCAGUGACAUUUUUUUUAAUGUGUGUCCAGUAGUUAUUUUUUAGCAUAGCAGGUCUUUCAAUGCUUUGUAGUGAUUUUGGGAGCUGUAUAGACUGUGUGAAGUGGAUUAUAUAUAUAUAUUGCUAAAGGAUUGCGUUUUUCCUAUAGGAAUUGUAUAGUGAAAGCAUACUUGAGGAUAUUCUAAUAAGUCCACUUCGGAAGUGAUUAUAUUGUUUUUAUGUAAUUGAUCAAAUUUAGAUUUAAAAAUGAAAAUGAUAAAACAGAUUUCAAUUGUGAUUUUUAUCUUUGUGUUAACACAAUUUUUAUUCUCAUCUACAACGAGUUCCAUGAACAGAAAAUUUUGCAAUGGAGUAACCAAUGUGACAUUUUAUACAGCAUGUAGAGCAUGUAUUGCUAAUGUAGACAUUGACUGUCCAGUUAAUACAAUUAAGCUAACAUCGGACCAGGGAUUAUCUGAUUGUUCUUUACUUUUAACAAUCAAACAACAAUCAGUACGAUUACCAGGUUGUAGACAUGAAUGUCAAAGAGAAGCUUUAACAAUGAAAUGUUGUGGUGGUUUUUGGGGAGCAGAUUGUGAUGAAUGUCCUGGUGGUGCUGUCCAGCCAUGUAAUGGAAGGGGAGUGUGUAGUGAUGGGGAAACAGGAACAGGAGAAUGUAAAUGUCAGGAAAAUUUUAGUGGUAUAUCUUGUGAGAUAUGUAGUAACGAAACACUAUAUGGGGAAACCUGUUCUGGAGUAUGUGAAUGUGUGAAUGGAACCUGUAAUGGUGGUAUCCAAGGUGAUGGCUCCUGUCUCUGUUAUUCUGGAUUCAGUGGUACACUUUGUGAUCAAGAGUUAGAAGAAUGUAAUAAUUUCACCUGUCAGAACAAUUCACGAUGUGUAGAAGUAAAUAAUACAACUACAUGUGUUUGCGAUCCUGGUUAUGAGAAAACAGUUGAAAAUAGCACAGUUUGCACAGCUAUCGAUGCUUGUUUGUCCAAUCCAUGUCAUGUUAAUUCAGAAUGCUAUCCAACUGGUCCUGCCAAACAUGAGUGUUUAUGUAAACCAAAUUAUUCAGGAGAUGGCAUCAGUUGUUAUCCAAUUAAUCCCUGUCAGGUUAAUUAUGGAGGGUGUGUCACAAAUUCCUCUGUCUGUCAAUAUAGAUCACCAAAUAAGAGUGUGUGUGUUUGUUUGCUUGGUUAUGAAGGAUAUCAACCUCACUUGGGAUGUCGUCUAAUUGAUGUCUGUAUAAAUACAUCAGUUGUUUGUCAUGACAAGGCUAGCUGUAAAACAACAGGACCAGGAAGAUAUCAAUGUAGUUGUCCGCCUGGUUAUGUAGGAGAUGGUAAACAAUGUUAUACAAAUAUUAUUCAGACAUUAAGUGAAUUGAAUGAACGAGAUGGAAUGCUUAAAAACCAGCUACAUAUAUCCUAUCGUUUAUUGAAAGCUAUGUAUAACGAGGCGCUGUCAGAACAUGGACCAUUUACAAUAUUUGUACCUUUUGAUCGUGGCUAUAAAUCUAUUCUAAAGACAAUGGAGUAUGGUGAUUUGAUGAAUAAUGAAGAUUUUAGCCGGCAGAUUAUCCGUCAACAUAUUAUUAUUGGACAAUUUUCACUGGAGAAAUUAUCCAACUAUUCUCUAUUUUAUACGAUGGAGGGAAAUACAGCAGAAUUAAAUUUUCGAUCGAGACAGGAGAUAUUUAAGUAUCGAAUACAUGGUAAUAGUUCAAAGUCAAAGGUGAUGAGUGGAGAUAUUAUAGCAUCAAAUGGAAUAAUUCACAUCACAAAUUCUUUAUUAACUUUGGUACCAGAAGUAAAAGGCAAUUCAUCAAGAUCGAUGUUAGAUUUGAUUAGAACAGAAGGCCGCUAUAACAGAUUUCAAACUCUUAUAACAGUUGCAGGAAUGGAAGCUAUGUUUGAACAAGAGAAUAUCACUGUGUUUGCACCAGAAAAUGGAGCAUGGGAUUCGCUGCCUAAAGGUUCUGUAGAUUAUCUCACUUCUGACUUGGGAAAGAAACGUUUGAAGAUUAUUGUUGAAAAUCAUAUUUUUAAAGGAAGGAUUUCCGUAGCUGAUUUAAUAAAUAAAAGAGUUUUACAGUCUAUGGCUAAUAAUGCAGUUAAUGUGACGAUUACUGAUAUCGGUCAGAUUCGAUUAAAUAAUGCUGUAAAUAUAUCACAGACUGAUAUUCCCAGCAAAAAUGGUAUUUAUCAUCAUAUAGAGAGUGUUCUGGUUCCUGAUAGUAUCAGAGAUAUUAUUCCUAAGAGAUGUGAUAUUAAAUCCUACCGAGUAGUUAAUGGAAUAUGUGGUUCAUGCUUACGUCUUACAGAUUUAAGAUGUCCAACAGAAUCUGUUUCUUUGAAUAAAGUAUCGCAGGGUUGUAGGUAUUGGGUGAAUGUACAGAAACGCUAUAUACCACUAACAGGUUGCCAACAGUUAUGUAACAGAACGUAUAGUAUAAAUAAAUGUUGCGCUGGUUUUUAUGGUCAAGAAUGUUUAGAGUGCCCUGGAGGAUUUAUGAAACCAUGUAAUGGCAAUGGUCGGUGUAUGGAUGAUAUUUAUGGUAAUGGAACAUGUGUAUGUAAUGAAGGAUUUACUGGACCAACAUGUGAAUAUUGUACCAAGAAAGAUUUCUAUGGACCAACAUGUUCUCAAAAAUGUGAUUGUUUGUAUGGUAUCUGUAAUGAUGGUAUUAAAGGAAAUGGUAUUUGCAAGACAAACUCGUGUUUUGCAGGAUAUAGAGGAAUAAACUGUGACAGGAAAUUAAUGAAGUGUGGUGAAGAACAGCAAUACUGUCAUGUUCAUUCAAAUUGUUACAAACAAGAUGGUCAUUAUGAUUGUGUAUGUAAAAAUGGAUACCAAGACAUUUAUGGAGAAUGCCAAGAAAUAGAUCCAUGUAGUAAAGCAGAUCGUGGAGGUUGUCACUUACAGGCAACUUGUACUAAAGUGGGACCAGAUAUGCCUAAAUGUGAUUGUAAUAAAGGAUGGAUUGGUGAUGGUUUUUAUUGUUAUCCUGCUACUCCAUGUUCUCAGCAUCAAGAUUGUCAUCCAGACGCUGAAUGUAGUGACUUAGAACCAGGAAGUUUUAACUGCAUAUGUAAAAUUGGUUUCCAUGGUAAUGGUACAGUAUGUGAAGUUUCCAAUGUCUGUCAAGUAAAUAAUGGUGGUUGCCAUGAAAAGGCAAUUUGUACAUCAACUGGACAUGGAACAAAGAACUGUACAUGUGGCAAAAAUUAUGGUGGUGAUGGCUAUACAUGUUAUGCUUCUAUAUCUGAGGAAAUCAAGAUUCACCCAAAUCUUACUUUACUGGCUAAAUUACUAAAUGUUUUAGAUGAAAAUGAUAAUAUACUAAAUUUUGUGGAGAGCAAUUAUACAUUUUUUGCCCCUACUGAUGAUGUCAUGUCAAAAUUACUGGGUGAUGGGGAGGCUGAUUAUUGGAAAGAUGAUGAAAAUGUUCUUUCUAUGAUUAGGUUCCAUACAUUAGAUAAAGAGUUUGAUAUUGAAAGUUUAAAACAAUUAGCCAAGUUUUAUGGUAGAUUUGACACCUUAUUUGAUGGUUAUUCUAUCAGUAUAGCUGUUAAAUCACAGGGAGUAUUUUUAUUAACAACUCUAGGAGAUGAAGCUAAGAUAAUACAGUCUGAUAUACCAGCUUUAAAUGGUUAUAUACAUAUCAUAGACCAGGUUCUGGAGCCAUUUUUACCAGAUGCUGAUCAGCCAGAUCUAGAAGAAUUUUUCAGUACAAAACCAGAAUAUUCAUUCUUUGGUCAACAGUUGGAUCAAAAGAAUCUGAUAGAGUAUUUAGAAGGAAUGGAAGAAUAUACACUACUUGUACCAACAAAUGAAGCUUUUCUAGAAAUUAACUCAACUAUUACAAGGAAGUUUUUACAGUAUUAUAUAAUACCUAAGAUAUAUUUAACAGCUGCUCUAGAAGAUGGUCAGAUGAUCACUACAUCUCUAGGUACAGAUCAUCGUCUACAAUUUACACUAAGAGACAGACAGAUGUACGUUAAUAGUAUACGUAUUGAGAAUGCAAAUCAGCUGACACUGGGUGGCGUUAUACAUGGUCUGUCUGGUAUACUACAUCCUGUUAUAAAUAGAUGUGAUGAAACUUACACGAAUCAAUCUUUCGGUCCAUGUGUGCCAUGUCAACAGCAAGCUUAUCCAUGUCCUCAGAAUUUUAAACCACGAGUACCACCAGUUAUUAUCAGGAACAUUUGUACAGUUACCCAGUCUACACCAGAUGGUAAACACAUGAAUACGUUAGGAUGUCAUAGUCUCUGUUAUUAUCAACAGGUUAUAUUACAGUGUUGUAGUGGAUAUUAUGGAGAAAAUUGUUUGGAAUGCCCCGGUGGUCCCGAGACACCAUGUAGUGGACAUGGUCUUUGCCGAGAUGGUAUUAAUGGAACUGGUGAUUGUUUAUGUGAUGAGAGAUUCCAUGGUUUUCGAUGUAAUGAAUGUGAAGAAGGUUUAACAGGACCAUCAUGUAAUAUUACUAUUAAUAGUUGUGAUUAUUUAAAUGGUAACUGUAGUCAGCAUGCCACAUGUCAGAAGGUCGAUGGGCAUGUAACCUGUCUUUGUAAGCCAGGGUUUGUGGGAAAUGGUCACGUCUGCCAAUCCCCAUGUGAUGUUCAUAAAAAUAUCUGCGAUAGCCACGCCGACUGUCAUUAUGAUACAACAAAUCAUUUAUUGAGAUGUGAAUGUUUUGAGGGUUACCAUGGUAAUGGAACAUGGUGUGAAGAAAUUGUAAAUCAAUGUGUCAUGAAGAAUGGAGGAUGUUCUCGUUAUGCUCAGUGUAUAUUUGAACCACCUGCUACCACUAGUUUAAGCCAUGGAUCUGUAAAUUGUGAAUGUUUAACUGGUUAUGUUGGAGAUGGUAUUCUGUGUACUACAGAUGUUCUUAAUGCUUUAUCUCAACUAUCACAAGCUUCAAACUUCUAUCAGGGUGUAACCUCUUUAAAUAGUAGGAAUAUAACAGACCUACUAUCAGACAGAGAAGGCAGGAUAACUCUAUUUGUACCUGUAGAUAAUGAACGCACAAAACAGGUAUACAGUGAGGAGGAUGUAAAGAAAUAUAUAAUUGAUGCAUAUGUUUAUAUAAAUAUAACUUUAAUAUUUACCAACAAUAGUUACGUACAUUGUUUAUCUGGUGAAAUAAAACAAAUAACCUACAAGAAUAAACAGUUUUAUGUAAAUGGUAUACAUAUAUUGCGGAUGAAUAUUCCUACAUUAAAUGGUCUAAUUCAUUUAAUAGAAUCACCUCUCUUAUCAACACCGACAAAAGUUGAUAAAUCUGCGAGAAGUUCUUCUAAUAUAUCUGUUAUUGUAGGACCAAUAAUAGCUAUAUUAAUUGUUGUGAUUAUUAUAGUAGUAAUCGUUGUAGUGUUAUAUUAUAAACGAGCUAGAUCCACAGGAUUUCUGGAUUUUAUGAAACGUUUUAGAAAGGGUUCUGAUGACAGUUUUGCUCAUCUCCAAGGUAGCAGUGAAGAAGAUCAAGAAUCAGAUCUACUACAGCAACCAGGAAAUAUUAAUUAUAAUAAUCCUAUAUAUCAAGCAUCACAAGAUGAUGAUGAUGAUGGUGUAGAACAAUAUGAUAAUUAAUUGUCAAAAUAAUAGUAUUUAUAAUGAAAGCCACCUUUAAAUUUUAAUCUAAAUUAAUCAAAUAAGAAUGCGGAGGGUUUUUUUUAUGAUUUUGACGUGAAUGAUUUACUGUAGUGUUGGUUUUUAUGUCUUUAUGAUCUUGUCAGACUCUCAAUUCUUUAGGGAUCUUUUAAUGAGUGCAGUCUUGUAAAAAGCUUUAAUUGUAAAUAUCCAUUCAUAACUAUUUCACUGCAAUUAAGAAUCCAUGUAGAAACUGGGUACAUAUAUUCAUUGUAGGUUUGAGGGAAAUUCGGGAUUAUUUUUCUAUAAUGCCACAGCAGUGAGUAAACAGGACCAUAGUAUGAUAAAGCAUAUAUAAAUUGCCUUCAACUGUUUCCAACAUUGGAUGUUGCAGAUUCCAUUGUCAUGAUUCUUCUCUCCUCAGUUUUGUUAUCAGAAUUGGGAUAAGAAAAGAUGAGAUUUUAUUUAAUGGAAACAUCCAUUGAGGACAGCAUACAAUAUAAACAUAUGUACAUGUCAUAAUAAGUGAUAUUUGAAGAAAAAAAAAGAUUUGAUAUGAUUCUGUCAAUCAAUACAAUUUAGGUUUCCCCCAUUAAUGAGAUAGGUGAUCUAUACUACUGACAUCUUGCUUGGUUCCCUCCCUGUAAGACAACUAUUUUUCUCAAUCAUAAUCAUAUUUGGGUUUUUUAAUGGUAUAAAUUUCACAUGCUAUAUAUAUAGGGAAAGUCCAUCACAAUUGUAUUUCUGAAUUAUGCUUGUGAAAGAUUUCUUGUCUCCAUAAAAGGAAAAAAAUACAUAGUAACUAAAACAUUUGUUGUCCCCCGCCUUUCGAAGAAAGCAGGGGACUAUUAAAAUGGGUUCGUCCGUCUGUCUGUCUGUCCGUCACACUUUUUGGGACACAAUAACUCUCUUCCUAAUUGAGCUAGAAUGUUCAAACUUGGUGUAUGUGUUUAUUAGGUCAAUGCCUUGAUGGAGUUCGAAGAUGAGCAUUUUCCGCUUAGGGUAAGCAGAGAUAAGCAAUUUGAUUGGUUGAUGCUUUGGGACACGAUAACACUCUUCCUAAUUGGGCUAGAAUGUUCAAACUUGGUGUAUGUGUUGAUUAGGUCAAUGCCUUGUUCUAAUUGGGCUAGAAUGUUCAAACUUGGUGUAGGUGUUUAUUAGGUCAAUGCCUUGAUGGAGUUCGAAGAUGAGCAUUUUCUGCUUAGGGUAAGCAGCGAUAAGCAAUUUGAUUGGUUGAUGCUUUGGGACACGAUAACUUGAGUUCUAAUUAAGUGAGAGUGAUGAAACUUGGUGUAUAGUUUUAUUACAUCAAUACCUUGACUAAGUUCGAUAAUAAGCAUUUUCUGCUUAUGGGUAAGCAGAGCGAUAAGCAAUUUGAUUGGGUGAGACUUUGGAACACAUUAACUCUCCUUCUAAUUGAGCUAGAAUGUUCAAACUUGGUGUAGGUGUUUAUUAGGUGAAUGCCUUGAUAGAGUUCGAAGAUGAGCAUUUUCUGCUAAGGGUAAGCAGAGAUAAGCAAUUUGAUUGGUCGAUGCUUUGGGACACGAUAACUUUAGUUCUAAUUAAGUGAGAGUGGGGACACUUAGUGUAUAGGUUUAUCUCAUCAAUACCUUGAGUAAGUUCCAUAAAUAAGCAUUUUCUGCUUAUGGGUAAGCAGAGCGAUAAGCAAUUUGAUUGGUCGAGACUUUGGAACACAACUCUCCUUCUAAUUGAGGAAGAAUGUUCAUACUUGGUGUAGGCAUUCAUUAGGUGAAUGUCUUGAUGGAGUUCGAUGAUAAAGCUUGUCUGCUUACGGUCAGCAGAGAUAAGCAAUCUGAUUGGUUGAUAACUUUGGUUUUAAUUAAGUGAGAGUGAUGAAACUCUGAGUAUAGAUUCGUUAUAUCAUUACCUUGACUAAGUUUGUUAAUGAGAAUUUUCUGCUUAGGCUAAGGAUCGAUAACUUUGAUUCUAUAUGAUAGAGAGUGAUCAAACUUAGUGUAUAGGUGAUAAUUUGUUUGAUUGCUUGAUACUUUUGAAAAAAAAUAAAUGUGCGAUUAAUGAAUAUGUGUCAUCUAUUUAUUUUGGGAUUUCGGCGGGGGACAUCAGCCUCACUGUUGGCUUGUUUUAAUUAUCUAAAAUUAAUGAAAAAUUAUUUUAAGUACAGUAUAAAAAAAAAAAUUAAAAAAAAUGUUUAAUGACAUUAGCAUGCAUUUAUUUGUAAAUAGGUUUAUUUAUAUAAUCAUUAUUAUUGUAAUAAAAUACAUCAUAAAUCUUUUUUUGAUAAUAAAAUACUGUGUGUUUUAUCAAAUGCAAACAUAUCACAAAUUAUAACACACUAACCUCGUACACAACCAUGCUAUGGAUAUUUAAGUCAUUCUCAUUGUAUAUAUAUAUAUACCGGUAUAUGACACUCAAUGAAAACAAACCACUUAUUAGUUAAAUACAGAUUUAAAAUAAAUUUUAAGUUAACUAUAAAAUAAACAAUAAAUUAUAUUAUAAGGUAUUGAAAUUGUAGAAUGAUUAAGAUAUAAACUUGUACAAUAAAUUAAUUACAAGGCAACAUAAAGAAUGAACAGUAAAUUAUACAUACAACGAUAUAAAAUCAAUAUGAAAUCCUGAAUAUAUUAAUACUGUAUAUCACGUGUUUUAAGUGGAUUUAUAAAAAAAAGUCCCUGCUAUCUUUGAUCACAACAAUAGACUCAUGUAUAGACUAUAAUUGUACAUUGUGUAAUAAAAGAUUGUACAUACACUA